AUGGAGUCGCUGCCCCCGGACGUGGUCUACACCGUGCUCCGCCUCGCGCAGCCCUCGGGGCUGCCGAUCGCGCGGCUCGCGUGCGUGUCGACGGGGUUUGCGCGGAUGGCGAAGGAGCAUCUCUGGAGGUGGCACUGCCGCGACCAACUCGCUCUCGACGCAUCCCCGAGCGACGCGCGACGCUCUGACUCCGAGGCUGUACCUGAUGCUGCUGUAGCUGAUGCCGUUGAUGACGAAGCCGCUGCUAACAGGGUCAGCGGUGAAGAUCCGAAAUUUAGUCGCGAGCUGCUGGAUCGCAUGCUGCGUAGCAUGGAGAACGAAGAAACACUCAGCCUGGCGAAGCUCGUGAACGUGUGUCCGGGCGUGCGACCCUCGCUGCAGCGAGGCAGGGUGUACAAGGCAAUGAACUGCGGGUGUAGCGACCGCAGCGAGUGCGCGUGCUGGGAGCCUCUGGCCAGUCCGGAAGGCUAUUCCAGCGCGCCUCACUGCCACUGCCUCAGCAAGUUUGAGAUCAUGGCUGUCAACCGCACUGGCGCUCCAACGGUUCAUUUCCUGAUAUUUGGGUGCUAUACGCAUUCAGGCGAGGAGCGCAGCGACAUGCCAUGUGUUCUGAUUCGUGGAAUUGUUAUGGACUUUAAGAGCUCCAAGAUGUACGAGUUGGCCUCCCAGUCCCCCUUCAUUUGCGACGAGCAGUGCCCGUACUGCUCCUCCCAGGUCUGGAACGUGUUUGCACUGUUGAACACUACUCCAACAAAAAUCAUCGUGUGCAGCCUGCUGAAUAAGUACAACGUCAUGUUCCCAGAGAUGGUCUUCUACGUCUGCACCAUGGGCCAUCUGUACGGCCUGAGACGGCUUGGGCAUGACGACAUGGCAGGGAGCAGCACAGGGGUGGCGGAAGUGGAGGUGCAGAUUUCUCUGCCAGCCGCGCACGAGCGCAUGGAGGGCAGUGAGAGCGACCAUGGCAGCUCGGACGAUGAGGAGGUGGAGGAGGAUAGGGAAGUGUUGGACGGGGUGUUGGAGAGGGUGAUGGAAGGGGUGGUGCAGGGGGUUUUGGGGGUGUUGGAGGAGGAAGGAGCUGCUGACAUCUCUGAGCCUGGCACUCCCACUAGCGGAGCAGAAGCUGCUGCACGCACCGUCCCUGCUGCUGCUGCCGGGCCAGCUGCCACACCUGAGCAUGCACAGGCAGAUGUGGUGGAGCCUGCUGCUAGUACUGCUGCAGCACCGCAUGCACCCAGUGUUCCUCCUGUGGCAGUCGCUGUGCCGUCCCCUAUCAGUGGUGCUACCGCGGCUGCAGCAGCAGACUCUGCCAGUCCGCUUCCCACGGCAGCAGCUGCUCCGCAUGGACAUCUGUUAGAGGCACCACAACCAGCAAAGGGCGGCAGUGCUGCUGCACCUCUCAGCACCAUGGUUGAUGCCCUGUCUCUGACCACACAUGCGACAGCACCACCACGCUCUGCGUCCUCUGCAGCUGCAAGCAAGGCGGCAGCUCCUGAGGAGUAG